AUGGGAUACCUGCUCAUAACACUUUUGCUCGCGUCGAAUCUUCGUUCUUAUUUUUGUUUUGGCUCCCUCGGGGAUGAGCAAGGCUCAACUAAUUUAUUGUCCAAUGUCACGGCCUCAACUAGCCUAAAUUUACCAGCAGUCUUCGGCGAUUUCGACAUAAAAUAUGGCGAUUUUCAACCUCAUCAGUUGGACGGCUUGCAGACAAUCUCAAUUUAUCUAAAGAUCGCGUUCGACAUAGCCGUCGCCAACACACCGGAGAAGCCGUUUGGGCAAGGCGACUGGGAAGACCAACUGAUUCAUGUUCGAAUGCGUGCGAUUGAACCACAAUUCACCCACAGAGCUGCACUAGCUGUCAUGUGGUAUGCAAGCCAUUUGAUAAGCACAGUGUCUUAUUUCCAAACGUGUAUCAUAUCUGUCGAGGAAAAUGGCAGCAGUAUCGGUGGCAUUGUCGUUCGCUCCAUUGAUACGUAUUCCACUGCAGGGAAUGCUACACUCGCCAGUGGUGACCGUGACUCAGCCUUCAAUUCUACUCAACGAAGCCCUUCAGAUGGGUUGCCUCAAGCGGUUUCAAUGGAUGAGAGGCUUGGGGCAGACACCUUCAAAGUAGCAAUUAAAUAUCACACUCACGAUCCUGUAUCGUCUCUCCGUUUGCUAUUCUCUAUGAUCUCCUUUAUCGGCCAAGUUGGGCUUCACAAUCUCGAAGAAGAAACCCAGAUCAUAUUUAUCUAUGACGACGAAGCCGGUUAUGGCAUCCAAUUCAGGAAGCGUCGCGAGCCUGAGCAACCCAUGUUAAAAUACCGGUGGAUUCUGAUGGCCUUGAGACAGAUUGCUGAACUUCUCGAACAAGAUAGAGUUUGGACGGAGUGGGAUGGGUAUCUGGUAUUGAAUAAUAAGGUUGUCGGUUUUAUGGUCUUCACAAAGUUUCCAGGUCCAGAACAGAAAUUCUUGAUUCCUUCUCGAGAGAAUACGACGAUUGUCUCUAAUAACGCAGUCCUGUAA